ACUGGGUUGUUUGAGAUCUUCUGACGACUCCGUGGAUUCCUCUUUCUCUGUAGAAAAUGACACUUUUGCCCCCUUCAACCUCGUCUUCAACAACGUCUUGUGGCUACUGAGAAGUGCCAUGAGCUCAUCGGCUUCGUCAAUAAGACACGGCAAUUCAUCCAGCAAGACCGACACCAUCUUCGUUAGCGAUAGUGGUGUAAAGAAGAACCGACGUUGGUAACAAACCGUUGAGUAUUUUUAUCGAGUAGACAUUUAUCAAAUUGUGCUGUUGGUGCCAUACAUGUACGAAAUCUGUGACGAUGGCAAACCAGCUCGAGUGUGAAGAUCCCGAUCAGGAGAGUAUAAAUCUUCGAGGUCGUGGACUCUCUGUGGCUCCACUGAGUCUCUUUUCAGUGGGAAAUGUUCGACGAGUAGAUUUGUCGUCGAAUGAGUUGACACGGUUCCCUGGAGCUAGAGUGAGUCAAGAGAUGCCAUGUUUAGAAGUGCUAGUGCUGAACAACAACCUUCUUCACGUGCUCGAAGAUAUUCUAGCGCUGGCUUCUGCACCUCGAUUAUGUGAGCUGGAUCUUCGCGACAACCCACUUCGAUUGAGUCACAACCGAUUGUAUUUGCUGGAGAGUUUCCUCUUCCAUGGUGCAGAUCUCGACAAAGAAAUUCUACGCGAACUGCAUGGAGAUGAAGCUUUGAAGAACUUUACGAGUGCUUCUCAUCCUUUCAAGAGGAUCAUGUAUAGACUGCGACUUCCCCGUCGACGAGGAUUCCCAAUGCUGCAAUUGCUGAAUCGCGACUGGAUUACGGACUUGGAGUCCCACGAGGUAGAACUUGAACGAGGCAAAGCUCUGGAGUACUUUGGGCCCCUGAAUCAUUGUGGCGAGAAAAUCAAAGACAGUGCUCACCCUCAAAAACACAAGAAAAGUAGCGUUGACAAAGUUAAAGGGAACGAGAGGAGAUUCGACGGAAGCAGAAUGACUGUCAAGCAAAUGCUUCGGAAUGAAGCAAGGAUCACUGCUAUUCCGCUCCCUCAAGUUCUCAAGCGGUACCAAAUUGACACUGAGAGUUGUGAGGAGGUUCGUGAUGAACCAAACACUAAUAAUUCGGACUCGUCACCACGGAUAUCGUCAAAUUUACCGGAAAAGCAUCUAAACGAUGAGCAUCAAGGUGGCAGUGAUGAAGACGAAGAUGAGCACAAGCUUCUCCAGCGAUUAUUUCGCCCAUUAUCACCAUUAUUCGUGGCAUCAGAAACUUUGGGAGACCACGCAAAAAGUCCUCCAGAAUCUAGCGAGAUAGAGCCUUGGAACUACCCCAUCAGCACUUUCGACGAUCUACCGAGUGACGAACGACAUUACGUUCGAUACAAAAGCAAACACGUUGGUGGCACUCUCGAGCGUGAUGACCAUUUCUUUGAGUCGACGACAUUCCUCGACUGCGUGGCGCAGUGUGAACGCUCUCGUCGCCUGACAAUUCGAGCAGUAGAUUUACUAACACAGCCUAUAACAGGAACGAUGGAGAUCCCAAGCAACCUGAAAAAGCCCAAAUCAACAGCUAGUCUCCCGAUCUCAGAGGCGGCUGCAUCUUUGACUGGCAACCUCACGGUCAACUACAGCAAACGCCAAGCUCUCGAGAGUUACGAGCGUGUAAAAGAUUUCCAGCGGAAGCAAGUGACUGUAGGUGAACAUCAUAUUGAAGCAGAGGUCGGUGACUAUUUAUUGGCAGAGCAAGUUGCGCUAAGGCAAAAGACAAACCAGUUGUUGAGUAGUCAAGCAACAAACGAGAAUCGGUGGCACGAAAAUGCUCACAGCAUUGAGGCUAGCUUGGAGGAAUCGCUCAGCAAGGUGAAGCUUCGCAACGCAGUGGACUUAGCCAAUACGUUAGGCGGAUCCAAAGAGCAGAAGAGGCUGUUCCAGGCUCUGAUCGACGCAGACGCCAAGGUGAUUGAGGAGGAACGCGUCACGGAAGAGCACAAAGCUCAUCGUCAGCGGCUUCGACGCAUCAAAUCUCGUCAAAUAGUGAACCCUCAGACCAGACGAGAUGUCGAACUCGCGAAGAAACUCGCCAGUCUGCACGCUGAAUCACCAUGGCAAACGCGCAAUUGGAAGUCGAAAAUGAAGCUUCUUGAACGCAAAAGGGAAGCAAAUGACCACAUCGAACCUUCUGUUCCGUCAGUUCGGCGGGGUAAAAGGAUACAACCGAGUCGAACUCAAGCGAAUACCAAGCUAGCAUCUGUAUCAGUCACAGUGACGCCAAGUAGCAACUCGUCAAAGGAUGUUGUCGCUCCACAGGCUGCGAAGUUCCGCACCAUUGAGACUGUAGAUAAAGCAGCUCUAGACCCGUUAGUGGAAGUGAAUUCUCAUGACCUGCUCGUGCACUGCUCGGAGAUCCGUCAGAAUAAGGACAAACACGUGAAAGCGUUGGCAACAUAUCGCGACCAUUUCCUAGAUGAAGAAGCAGACUGGGAGCACAUGCGUCAGGAUCCGAUCAAUGUCGUCCGCCGACAUCUACGACGCAAACUGUACCAGGACGUUCAACAAAUCCAGAUCGGGACUUUGGAGUACGUCUACUCGCCAGUUUUCAAGUAA